AUGCAGCCUACCCGGAGCAAGGCCAAGCCCGGCAAGGGCAAACCCGACAAACACACACGCCCAAGAGUGCAGUUCGACUCAGAGACAGAAGGGCAGAGGGGCGGCAAGGCGGUGCCGGUGGGCAUGCUGGAGUGGGCUGAGGCGCUGGAGGGGCUGGAGAAGGACAAGUGGAGCGAGGCGCAGCGGCAGCUAAGGGAGAACGUGGAUGUGUUCAUCCGGCGCAUGCGCUUCGUGCAAGGUCGAACGUCAGCGACCAUGCCAGCAGGUGCGACCAUGCCAGCAGGUGCGACCAUGCCAGCAGGUGCGACCAUGCCAGCAGGUGCGACCAUGCCAGCAGGUGCGACCAUGCCAGCAGGUGCGACCAUGCCAGCAGGUGCGACCAUGCCAGCAGGUGCGACCAUGCCAGCAGGUGCGACCAUGCCAGCAGGUGCGACCAUGCCAGCAGGUGCGACCAUGCCAGCAGGUGCGACCAUGCCAGCAGGUGCGACCAUGCCAGCAGGUGCGACCAUGCCAGCAGGUGCGACCAUGCCAGCAGGUGCGACCAUGCCAGCAGGUGCGACCAUGCCAGCAGGUGCCACCAUGCCAGCAGGUGCGACCAUGCCAGCAGGUGCCACCAUGCCAGCAGGUGCGACCAUGCCAGCAGGUGCCACCAUGCCAGCAGGUGCCACCAUGCCAGCAGGUGCGACCAUGCCAGCAGGUGCCACCAUGCCAGCAGGUGCGACCAUGCCAGCAGGUGCCACCAUGCCAGCAGGUGCGACCAUGCCAGCAGGUGCGACCAUGCCAGCAGGUGCCACCAUGCCAGCAGCUCAACACACGGAUGGUCCUCAGAAGCCUGCUGCUGCUUCUUUUGAGGCGCCUCAAAAGAAGCCUGCUGCUGCUGCUUCCCAGCAGCCUGCGCCCAGCAAUCAGCCUGGAGCAGCAGCUGCCUCUGCACCUGGUGCUACAGCUGCCUCAACGCCUGGCGCUACAGCUGCCUCUGCACGUAGCGCUAUAGGGAAGGAGAGAGGGGAUGGUAGCGGGAACGCAGGAGAGACCGCAGGGAAGGAUGUGGGGUUGCUGGCUGCGCUGUGCUCUGCUGUGGGGCAGCUAUCUCUGAAAGACAGAGCUCCGGCCCCUCACUCUGACCAGCGUCACAAGGUUCCCAGUCCGCUGUGCGGCGCUGAUACCAUGUUAGCAGCACAUGGGGCAGGAGCUGGGGAGCACGGGCAAACCGAAGGGGGUGAAGCAGGGAAGGAGAGAGGAGUCGGGGAAUGUGGACGGACGGAGGAAAGGGAGAGUGGAAGGGGAGAGGAGGGUAGUGGAGGGAAGCAGGUGGGCAGGGAAGGAAUGGAAUGUGUGCCGCAGUUGCAGGAUGGAAGAGAUGGCAAGGGCGACGGGGAUGGUUGCCGGCUAGGUGAACGAGGCGAUGCAGUGAAGACUGGAGCUGUGAAGAUGAAGACAUUGGUUGAAGUGCUGGCACAAGGGGAAGACUCGGUGAUUCGAGGGCAGCACGGGGUGCCGGAGAUUGUUGAGAAUCCUCCAAACGCUCCUGCAGAUCCACAUGAAGCAGUGAAGGUGAAGCCAUUGGUUGAAGUGCUGUCACAAGGCAAAGACACAGUGAACCCAGGGCAGCAAGGCGUGCUGGAACUGGAAGAAGGUAGUAAGGGCACGUGGACUGCACUUGAAUACACCGCACGGGCAGUGCGAGAGGAGAAGGCUGGUGGAUUUAAGGUGUCUGGUGGGAAAAAGGGGGCGCUGCAGCAGCAGCAGCAGGAGCAGCGGGUGCGGGAGUGGGAGGAGAUGCGGCAGCAGGUGCUGGUGAGGAUGAGGAGGGAGGAGAGGCGGAGGGAGAGCGAGAGGAGGGAGGCGGAGGAGUAUGGGAUGCGGUUUGAGGAGGUGCCGUGUGUGCGCGUGGUGGAAGUGAUGGAGUUGGUGGGAGGGGAGGGUGUGGUGGGGGAUGAUGAGACACGCUUGGUUGUUGGAGAAGUGGAAGGAAUGGAAGGAGUGGGAGGAGUGAGAGGAGUGGAUGUGGGAGGACUGGUAGGAGUGGGAAUGGAGAUGGAUGGAGAGGGAAUUGGUGAUGUGACGAGAUUGGAAGGGGGUGAUGAGGUUAGGGCAAGACUGGAAGGCACAGAAAAAUUAAGUUCGAGUCUGCUCUCUGUUAUUUCCCCUGCUACUGGUGCCAAUGCUGCUGGUGAUGGUGAUGGUGAUUGUGGUGCUGGUGCUGGUGCUGAUGCUGAUGUCGAUGCUGCUGGUGGUGGUGAUGCUGCUGCUGCUGCUGCUGCUGCUGCUGCUGCUGCUGCUGCUGCUGCUGCUGCUGCUGCUGCUGCUGCUGCUGCUGCUGCUGCUGCUGCUGCUGCUGCUGCUGCUGCUGCUGCUGCUGCUGCUGCUGCUGCUGCUGCUGCUGCUGCUGCUGCUGCUGCUGCUGGUGCUGCUGAUGGCGACAGUGACACAAACAUGGGUGAUCGCAAGUUUACAGACCACCCACAGCAGGCACAUCACAUUGCAAGUGACAGUACCCUACUGGGAGCAGCCGUGAUUGGGCUGACUGAUGGGGCGUCAGGGGGAGGGAAGGAGGUGCAGGAGUGUGUGGACUGGCAUGCGGUGUCGCAGACAGAUGUUGUGUCGCUGGCUCGCAUCAUUGCCGAUAGAGGCAUGUCUGCCAUGCUGGCCGGAAGGAUCAAGGUGGACACCAACGUGGGGCGCAUCUGCGUGCGCCUGGGGUGGGUGCCCCUGGAGCCCCUGCCACACGACCUGCACCUUCACCUGCUGGAGCAGUACCCAGUUCAGGAGAGUCUACAGCGGUACCUGUGGCCACGGCUAUGCGGCAUGACACAGGAAAUGCUCUACGAGCUUCACUACCAUAUGAUCACCUUCGGAAAGGUGUACUGCACGAAGCGCAGCCCCAACUGCAUCGCGUGUCCCAUCAACGACAAGUGCCAGCACUUCAACAGCGCCCUCAAUGCAAACCGCCCUCUUCUCGCAUCAGCCCCUCAAGGCAACACCAGCCGCAGUGCUGGUGAAGCGGGAGGCACACCGGGGUCCAGGAGGGAAGCAGCAGGGGGGGUUAACCAGGGGAUGAGUGACAGUGGAACGGUGAGAGGUACUGGAGCAGUUAAUACUGGUGGUGUGUUGACCGUUGGGGGUGGAGGGGGUGCGAGGGCUGAAAGGGCAUCACCUGCUGCUGCUUCUGCUGCUGCUGCCAGAGAAGUGGCCGCAGCAGCAGUCACUGAGCAUGGUUGGGGUGCCUCAGCCAGCAGGAGUGGGAGCCACGUGGUAUCACCUGCCCAGUUGGCGCCUAGCAAGGCCAUAGCAGGGGAUGUGAGUGCGUGCGCUACGCGUGAAGAAACUCCGUACGAAAGCACAAAGAGACAGGCGCCUCAAGACAUGCCCGUGGUGGAUGAGCCACGCAGACCAGUAGGAGGCAAGCGAGGUGUUGUGAGGGUUACGCGCAGGGGUGGAGGGGAGGUGGGAAAUGCAGGGGAUGGGGAGCAAGGCGGGAUGGUGUUUGUGGGGGACGGGAUGAGGGGAGGCAAGGAGGGGGGGCGUGAUGAUGGUCAUGCGGGUAAUGGUGUGCAUGAUGGUGUGAAUGACACUGGGCGAGAAUCAUCCUGCGGUGGGGAUGAGGAUGAGGAUGAGGAUGAGGAUGAGGACAGGAGCAGGGCGGUGGUGCUGAUACCAGAGGACGUCGCAGCGUGCAUGCGCCCCCCGCCUCUCAAGGCGGCUCAGCGCCUGCGCACCGUGCACUGCGUGUACGAGCUGCCAGACGAUUCACCCCUCCUGCAAUCGCCCCGAGUGUGCUUCAUUCAUCGCUCGUUCGCCACUCACCCACCCACCUUCCACGCCUUCUCAUGGCAUCACUUUGCACUUCCUGCCAAUCCUCUCUCUCUCUGCCUGCUCGAUGCCCCUCCGCUCACUCUCUUGGAGCCACGUCACCCAGAAGACCGGUGCCCGUACCUGCUUAUUCUCUGGGGGCCAGGCGAGACCUUACCUGCCACGCCCACGCUGCCAGAGAUGGCCCGGCAGAUGGCGGAGGAGCAGCAGCAGCAGCAGCAGCAGCAGCAGCACAGGGGAAUGGGAAUGGGAAUGGGAAUGGGAAUGCACGCAGCAGGACCAGGGCAGCGGGAAGAGAAGCAGCAUCAGAAGAAGCGGACGGCACAAGAGAGAAGGGGUACAGCGGCCGAGGGACCUGGAGGGGCGUCGGGGAAGGUAGGGAAAGGGCAGGGUGACGCAGUGGGACGAAGCAGGGACAAAGAGACCAGGCCUGGGCAAGCAGAGCUCCCACAGAUCGUUAUUGAAGAGGUGACUGAGACGGAUGUGCUACUAGUAGGGGAAGCAGCAUCAAUAGAAGCAGAAGUAGGUGCAGCCAAGGGGAGAGGAUGGGGGGGAAGUUCUGGGAAGGGUACAGUGGAGGAGUGUGUGGAGGGAGGGGGCCGUGGGGAUGUGAUGCUGGUGGAAGAAGUAGAGGAUGAAGACGAGGUGACUUUACCUGGUCAGUCGACUCAAAAGGAUGUGGUGCUGGUGGAAGAUGUAGAGGAUGAAGAGGCGGGGGGUGUGCUGGGAUGGAGUGCGAGGGAGAGAGGCGAUGACGAAAGUGAUGGUGCAGCAGCGUCGAAAGGCAUGGGUGGUGGGAGGUCUCUUGGGCAAAGCUGUAGGAGUGGUGCUGCUAGUGGCGGCGCUGGUGCUGCUGCUUGUGCUGCUGCUUGUGCUGGUGGUGCUAGCGACGGUGGUGAUAGGUGUGUGGUGACCGAGGGUGGUGAUGUGGAUGGACGCGUGGAUGGAGGCGUUGAAGGCGAUGCGCCAAUGCUGUUGGAGCACGAGGAGACAGUGCCAGGGACACUGCUGAUCCCAUGCCGCACUGCAAUGCGAGGAAGCUUCCCCUUGAACGGCACGUACUUCCAGAACAACGAGGUGUUUGCAGACGCCGCCACCAGCAAGCAGCCUCUUGCUGUCCCGCGCUCCCUCCUUUGGCACCUCCCCCGCCGCUUCGUGCUCUGUGGCACCUCCAUCCCCUCCAUCUUUAAGGGUACCCUUCCCAUUCCCAUCCCACCACCAUGCACCCCUUUUUGA